AUGGGCUUCAAGAAAGUACCUGAUAGGGGAUCGGAUGAGGAGUUUCCCAAUGUUCGGGAGGCCUCCUGGUCUAGUGGGGCCAAGAAACGAAAGAGAGGGCGGCCGAGGAUCCACAAACUUCCUGCAGAAUCAUCAUCAACAAACCUCCCUCAAACAACGACUUACUCUUUCCAAAACCAUGAACACAACAUUCUGGAAGAAGAAAUACCUCAUUAUCCGGGAGAUCUAACUGAUCAGCAGGUACUUGAUAACCUGAGACAGCUAGAUGACGACAGAACGGGAGGAAAGUCUCAAAAUGAUUACCUGAGGGAAUGGCUCCCGAAACGAGAGGUGUAUCUUGGAACAAUGAUUGGAGGAGAAGCCCCAGAUCCGGAUCUGAAUGGACGGUGUCAGCAAUGUCAAGGAAUGUCUGGAGUGUGGAGAUGUUGCCAAUGCUUUGGCUCUAGAAUUUUGUGUUCUGAAUGCCUGCGAAGAAACCAUCAAUUUACACCUUUCCACCGCGUUGAGAAGUGGACGGGUCUAUAUUUCCGUCCGGGAGCUCUGUGGGAAGUGGGUGUCAAGUUGUAUUUGGGUCAUAAUGGGAAGCGGUGUCCUUAUCCCACGGAUCCGAGCCAUCUAGGAUGCGACGGCGGAAACAAUUCAUCCGGGAGUCAUGGGCACGGCGGAAACAAUUCGCCCAUCUUUGAGGAUGAACACGGAUUGGACCUGGAUCCGCUUCCUGCGAGCAAUGACCAAGAAUCCUUUACGGCUCAGCUUCUGGCGGACCCGGAGGUACCCCAUUUGGUUGAGCUGGACGAUGGAGACGAUGAAGACGAUGAUCUAUUCGAGGAAGUCGAUACAACCUAUCUGGACCAACCUCGUCCAAAGGCAGCAGACAACAAUGGAAUUCCUUUCAAGGCAAUUGUGCACACCUCCGGAGUCCAUUAUCUGCCCGUGCGAACAUGCACAUGCCGGUCCGUCCGCCUUCCGUCUAUCGAUUUACAGUAUCUGGAGAUGGGAUUAUUUGCAGCCAGCUUUGAAAACGUUCAAACUGUGUUCACAGUUGAGGUCCUUGAGGACUUUCGGAUGGACAACCUCGAGUGCAAAACGUCGGCUUAUCAGUAUUACCAAAAGUUGCGAAGACUGACUUCGCCAGCGUUUCCAAAAAAGGUGCUGAACCGCUAUCGUGAAUUGAGAAGGCUUAGUAGAGAAUACAGGGACCUUGUCCUGAGACGACAAUACGGAGAAGGGCAUACAAGAGAAGCGGUGGUCCCUUACUAUCAUCAUUGCCAUGAUUCAUCACCAGAGAGGAUGGGUAUUAAUGUAUCUGAUCCAAUUGACGGCGGAUCUGAUAGUCCGUCUCAAGAAGUCGGAACGUCAACGGACCCGUCUCUGGGACACGGCGGAUUAGAUGGUCCGCCUGCACCACAAAUGACGCGGACCGAGGAUCAUCCCAAAGUUGAAGAUAGGAGAGGGAAGUUGGCCUUAUUCUGCCCCGCCUGUCCACAGCCUGGAAUAAACCUACCUGAUACCUGGAUUGAUGAUGCUGACAGGCAAGUUUUAGUUAUUCUUCAAGGUUAUGUUGCAGAUGGUAAUUUCAAAGCAGAUCACCUCAAUCAGAAAAACGAGGGAGACGAUGUUUGGUUGAGCGUUGGAGAAGGAUACAUGACUGCUCCGGGCCCAUACAAGGAGCACAUCAAGGAAGCAAUUUCUCUUGCUCCACGUUAUAAACGGGAACAAACAUGUCAUAACUACCACGCCCAGAAAGCUGAAAACAGAGUCAGCCCGGGUAAGAGAGUACGUGGAAUUGGGGAACACGCUUGCGCUAGGCACGGAUGCUUCUGUCCAUCCAGCGUUGUCGAUUUUGACAAAGGCGAAAAGCAGAUGCACAUGGAUUGGUCUUUGACUCAGGCCAGGGAAACUACCAACACACAGGGAAUCACAAAACAUUUGGAAAUCUACGAUAUAAACUGUCAAUAUUGCGUUAACUUGGCAAGGCGUCUCUCAGAGUCCACAAAAAUGCAUUGGCCACCUUCUGUUAAAAUGAUUUUUGCAAUUGGUUUAUUUCACGUCCACGGGCACAAGACGGAAUGUCUUUACAACUACGCAUCCACCUAUGUCCCGGGUGUGGGAAUCAUUGACGGAGAAAUCCUGGAGCCGUUGUGGUCCGUGUUAAAUGACACAUCCCGGAGUACACGUUCCGCUACCACUGCCCAUCGAGCAGAGGUUUUGGACGACCACAUGGGGGAUUCCAACUGGAAGAAGACCAUUAAUAUGGCUGCAACAAUUGCUGCAAAGUUCAAACGGGCACGGGAACAGUCCGGAAUCACAGACCGAUUUUAUAGGGGUAUCACGGAUCAACAAGAUUCCGGGCUCAUCAACACUUGGGAAGAUGAAAUUUCAAAAGCAGAAGCGGACCGAGAACAAGGUGUGGCCGACGCUGUUGGCAAGGUAAUGGCAAGCAAAGUGAAAACGGCUGCUGGACGCCAAGAAAUUGAAUUGCAUCUUUCAAAUAUGGAACUUACAUCUAAUGGUGCUACUGGAAAGGCAGCAUGGAUAUCAUCCGGCUUAAAACUGGAGCAAGCGCAAUUGGAGCUCAGGGACCAUGUCAGAAAGCUCGGAAAGCAUCCUUCCACCGCUGAAGAUCGAAGUUUGUGA